AGACAGCCGCCUCUUCUAUUAAAAAAGCUCAAGUGUCCGGUUAUCUAUUUUUCUGUUUGCGAUUGAAACGAUGUCGUCAUCAAAGAAAAUCACCUUGAAGAGCAGCGACGGUGAGCUCUUCGAGGUGGACGAGGCGGUGGCGCUCGAAUCUCAAACAAUCAAACAUGUGAUCGAGGACGAUUGCCCUAAUAACGGUAUCCCGCUGCCAAAUGUGACGAGCAAGAUCCUGGCGAAAGUGAUCGAGUACUGCAAGAAGCACGUCGAGACUCCCAAGCCUGACGCCAAUCAUGAGCUGAAGACCUGGGACGCCGAGUUUGUGAAAGUUGAUCAGGCCACGCUCCUCGAUCUCAUUUGGGCAGCCGACUAUUUGAACAUCAACGGCCUGCUGGACCUGACAUGCCAGACUGUUGCAGACAUGAUAAAGGGAAAGACCCCUGAGGACGUGGAAGAGAUUCGUCGUGAGAACCAGUGGCUAUUUGAGAUUGUAACGAUGUUGUCAGUGAAGAAAAUCACCUUGAAGAGCAGCGACAGUGAGACCUUCAAGGUGGACGAGGCGGUGGCGCUCGAAUCUCAAAUAAUCAAAUAUAUGAUCGAGGACGAUUGCACUGAUAAUGGUAUCCCGCUGCCAAAUGUGACGAGCAAGAUCCUGGCGAAAGUGAUCGAGUACUGCAAGAAGCACGUCGAGACUCCCAAGCCUGACACCAAUCAUGAGCUGGAGACCUGGGACGCCGAGUUUGUGAAAGUUGAUCAGGCCACGCUGUUCGAUCUCAUUCAGGUGUCUAAGUCGAAACACACAACAUUAGCAGCCAUGCCAAUCACAUCUCUAGCUGUUGAAUUUACUGCCUUCAUGCGGUUGGAGCUCUUGGUCACUUCCAAACCCAAAGUUUUGGCCAUCCUCUCAGCCAAAAAGGCGGCCAACUAUUUGAACAUCAAGGGCCUGCUGGACCUGACAUGCCAGACUGUUGCAGACAUGAUAAAGGGAAAGACCCCUGAGGAGAUCCGGAUGACGUUUAACAUCAAUAAUGUUUUCACCCCUGAGGAAGAGGAAGAGGUUCGUCGUGAGAACCAGUGGGCAUUUGAAUGAAGUAAUCGAAACUAAAGGCUUAAAAGUCUAUUACCAUAUCGAAGUUCAUUUACUAUUUACUAUUAGAACAAAUGUUCCAUCAAAACAUUCCAUAUUUGGUACUUUAACCUACCCUAUAAGUACUUCUAUGAACUUGCGAUCGCAUAUAAACGUAAAUAGUGGUUGGGUUCUCUUGGGGGAGGGAUUGGUAGUGAAUGGGCUAUCCUUGCAAUAGAUCGCUUACUGUUAUCAAUAUGGUCUGUUUUAGCAGUCUUUACAGAUGCCAAUUUCCUUUGCUA